UCUGAUUCGCUGGUGUCGGAAGCUUUCUUGACGCAGAUGUGUGACGCAUUAUUGACGAUACGACGAGUAGGGCAGUGUAAUGGCACUGAAGAGUGUCGUCGGCUUGAAAAUCACGAACGAUGUUAUCCGCACGGUCAAGAAAAAGGGAGAAUGGAAGGUUCUUGUGGUUGAUCAGCUGGGGAUGCGGAUGAUCUCCGCCUGCUGCAAGAUGCACGAACUCGCGUCUGAAGGAAUUACGAUUGUUGAAGAUCUGAAUAAGAAGCGAGAACCUCUGCCAAACAUUGAAGCGGUGUAUCUUAUCGCCCCAACAGAAAAGUCAGUUCGUGCCUUGAUGUCGGACUUCCAAACACCAGCCCGACACAUGUACCGGUGUGCACACAUUUUCUUCACUGAAAAAUGCCCAGAUGACCUGUUCACAGAUAUAUGCAAAUCACCUAUGGCAAAAGUAAUAAAGACUUUGAAAGAAGUCAACAUUGCUUUUCUGCCAUAUGAAAGUCAGGUCUUUUCUCUGGACUCUCCAGAGACAUUCCAAUUCUACUACAAUCCAAACCGCAUCAACGAACGCACUUCCAACCUGGAACGCAUUGCGGAGCAAGUGGCAACAUUGUGUGCAACACUGGGCGAAUACCCAUCUCUGCGGUACAGAAGUGAUUUUGAUCACAACGUGGACCUGGCACAGAUGUUGUAUCAAAGACUGGAUGCAUACAAGGCAGAUGAACCGACCAUGGGAGAAGGACCCGAGAAGAUGCGCUCGCAACUGAUAAUACUUGACCGAGGUUUCGACUGUGUGUCCCCGCUGCUGCACGAGUUGACCUUCCAGGCCAUGGCCUACGAUUUGCUGCCCAUUGAAAACGAUGUCUACAAGUUCGAGUCGACUAGUGGAAACGACGUGCGUGAGAAGGAGGUCCUGCUGGACGAGAAGGACGACCUAUGGAUUGAGCUGCGUCACCAGCACAUUGCCGUUGUCUCGCAGGCUGUGACAAAGCAGCUAAAGAAGUUCAUCGAGAGCAAGCGCAUGACGUCUAGUGGCGACAAGUCUAGCCUGAAGGAUCUGACAACGAUGAUAAAGAAGAUGCCCCAGUACCAGAAGGAGUUGAACAAGUACUCCACUCAGCUGCACCUGGCCGAGGACUGCAUGAAGUGUUACCAGGGCUAUGUUGACCGGCUCUGCAAAGUUGAACAGGACCUGGCCAUGGGCACAGAUGCUGAGGGUGAGAAGAUCAAAGACCCAAUGCGCAAUAUCGUGCCUAUCCUGCUGGACACAAGUGUGUCCAAUUUUGACAAGAUUCGCAUCAUCUUGCUCUACAUUCUAUCAAAAAAUGGUAUCUCUGAGGAGAAUCUGACCAAGCUGAUUCAACAUGCUCAGAUACCAGCUACAGAAAAAUGCAUCAUCACCAACAUGGCUCAUAUUGGGGUUAACAUUGUGACUGAUCAGCGAGAGCUUGAGAAACUGCCGCCGUUCAACUCGCACACCCCACUACUGUUAUCUCAGCAGUUUACCAAUGAAGUUCUGGGACUAGGAAGCCGCAAGAAAGUCUACCAUGUGCCCAGAAAAGAGCGCAUAACGGAACAGACGUACCAGAUGUCUCGCUGGACUCCUGUCUUGAAGGACAUCAUGGAGGACGCCAUCGAGGACAAGCUUGAUGUGAAGCAUUUCCCUUACUUGAGUGGAGGGCGUGUUCCCCCCACAGGGUAUGGGAGGUCAGCACCAACAAGUCAGCGCUAUGGCCACUGGCACAAGGAUAAGAACACACCUAAUGUCAAGAAUGUGCCUCGCCUGAUUGUCUUCGUCAUUGGCGGCAUGACGUACUCGGAAAUGCGCUGUGCAUAUGAAGUCACCAAGGAGGUGAAGAACUGGGAGGUUAUCAUUGGCUCAGACCACAUCCUUACACCCGAGGGCUUUCUCAGUGACCUCAGAGAUCUGAGCAAUUGAGCCAACUGCUCUGCACCAAAGAAAAGGGAGACAUUCCUGUUGAGUGGGCCCAGGGAGCUUUAUCCCUUACACAACCCCCGGCUGCCAAAGCUAUUGGGAGCCAUUCUUUAGCAGAAGUUGGUCUGUCUGUGUAUAUCAUUGAAAACUAGAGCGCCAUGCAUUGGUGAUGUCAAGCAAUGUUGCAGACUUCUACCUGCAUGCGUUGUUGCAUAAAAAAAAAAAAAAUGCUACUAUACCUGCAGUCUUUCCCACCCCCUCCACUUUUAUGCACAUGGGGUUGUGGCAGUGUUGUUCAGGCAAUCGUAGACCUAGGCAAAAAGGCGUUACGUGCGUACGAGUGUUCAGCAUCUAAUUCUGUAGCGGCAGGUCUUUCUGCACUUGGUGGAUGUGUGUGGAGGUGCACCAGUGAAAGCAGCCAAGCAAGUCGCUUAGACUUCUGUGUGUGGCGUGUGCAACAUAUCUGAUACAUGCACACAUGGCAAUGCUUGUGUCAGCAGCAUUUUGGACAUACAUGUGCUGCCAUACUCGUACUGAUAUUCAGUUGUAGUUGGCGCAUGCAAUAUUGCACAUAAUGUACAGGCUCUUGCACCCGGUAGCUGUUGGCAAUGAUGGUCUUAGCAGAAUGUGUGAAAAAGCGCAACUUUGCGACUUUACGCAAAACUAGCAUUUGGCCAACACAGCACCUGUGUUGCAACUAGUGGUUGCAAGAGCGUCGCACUGUAUACUUAUGCUAUUUAUUACACAGCUAUGGCUGUAGCGACAUCCCAUGCUUGACAAGCAGAAAAGGGAAUUGCCAACAGACUUCAACAUUGCCACGCAAAAUAGGCACCUUGUGCACACCAUGCCGAAGCUCACUAAGUCAUGUGCUGCGUCCUGCUCUGUUAUAUAUAUCUACACUACAUUUACAUGAAAUUUUUGCGUUUCUUUUAAUGUUACACACUGUGCUGUUGGCAGUAUUGCAUGUCCUCUUAUCUCUCCUGGGACCCGUGUGUUCUUAUGGAUGUCCAUUACGGAACAAGCAAGAAAACCACUUUCGAUGCAAUAAAUCAGCUUCAAAGCAUGU